AUGGGCGUUGGAGACUAUGUACACUCCAAGGAAGCAACCCAGCUUCGGAAUCCUAUGAAUGAUGCUGCUCCCAAUCACCAAUUGCGGCAGAAUCUGGCCGACCAAGCCAGAGUGGAUGUUCCAGCAACGAAUUUGGGGCCGUCGUUGCUGCCACAAGCCAAUAGGCAGCCGGAGUCUCAAGGACCACCAUUUCCGCCGGCCGAAAAUGCGGUGCAAAGGGACAUGUUCGACACCGAUGUCGAAGGCGUCGAUGAUUCUACCGUCGCUGCGACUAGUGUCAUGGGCGGCGAUGAUGUCCCAUACCAAUUCCCACGCGUCACGCAGCCCCAGCACUACAGUACAGAUGGGAACGUGAAUGCAAGAUCUCUGCAUCAAUUCCGCCAGACCCGUCGCCCCUACGACCCUAAAUGGUAUGAUAAUCUCGGGGACAGAGCCUUGAAAACGGCGGGCUUUGACUCAGACGAUAUCGACAAUGAAAGCCAGUUAACCUCGGUGGUGGGUGACGAUGAAGAUUCCGAUGAGACGAAGUCCAACCAUUCCCAAAAACGACGUGGCAUGGAGGCACCACUGAGCAAGCGCCUGCAGAAUUUCUGGAGUGCAAGCCGCAAGCCUUAUCCAAAGAACACCAGCCCGGUGCAGGAAGAGCCUCUGAAGACCACUGUUUACGGCCAAUCGACCUCUGAAACCAGAGCUCCGAACCAAGCGUUACCCAUCACCGCACCUAGAAAGAUCACACUUCCUCAUAACAUGAGCACGACCCCAAGGACAAGGUUUAGCCCGCCAAAGCCUUCCCUUCUCGACAAGCUAGAAUUGACUCCCACUCGACGUGCGUCUGGUCCCCGACCGCAGCCGGCCAGGAAGACAGGCGUGUCAAUAGUCAGCCCGGAGCCGCCUGGAGACGACGAAGGUCUAUUUGACCUAGAUUAUGGAAGACCCGGUAGCGUGCAGUCGUUCAAUCGGUUUGAUAUCACGAAUCUCGAUGCUCUUGAUGACGAGGAUCCGAUCAAUGAUCCCUUUGCGAGACGUAAUUCGGUUGUCCGAAGGAUGAGCCCGGAACCAGCCCAGCCAAAGAAAAGACACCUCGAUCUCGACUACCCGCCAGAGGUCUUACGCCAGAAGUCUUUCUCCGAACUUCAAGCCGAGCCCUUUGACCGCAUCCCAUCCACUACUCCACCACCCACCGCCCCGCAAACGCAGGUCCCGUCUGAAGACAAGAUCUCAUACUUGAUGGAGAUUCCCGACGCAGAACGUCGAGAUUACUUUUCUAAUCUGAACAUGGAAGAGUGGGAAGACUGUGGUGAUCAAUUAAUCGAGGAAUUCAGCAAGAUGCUGAACCAGAUGAAGGAUCUACGUCGCGCGCGGCGCAAAACGGCCGCCACCUACGAGGCUGAGAUCAAAAGAAGGCAUGACACUGUCGAAGAACAGUCUUCCGAUCUCACUAAGAAAUUAGAAGAAAUGAGAACAGGCGGGGCCGAGGUGCUACGUGGUCGUACUCCGUGA